UUUAAUACCUAAACCUUUUCCCUUGACUGGUAUGGAGGUCACUUUACCUAUAAAUGAGGCGUAUGGUGGAUUAAAUCCUGAUGAAUUAGUGGAAUAUGCGUUUAAACCUGCUGACUUUAGAUUAUUUUAUGAUGAAAAUAAUGUUAGGAACAUGUCUCUUUUAUGGUCUCAAGCUGCUGCUUUAAUUGGAAGGAAAAAUCCUGCUUCUGAUGGAUGCGCCAGAAUUUAUAAUAGAUUUAUUACAAAAAAAACCAAUAAUUUUAGUUAUGCAGACGUUAAAGACUGUUAUGAAGGAAUUCCAUUUAAUAACACAAUUGCUUCCGAGAUAAUCGAAACAAUAAUUAGACUACUUGAUGGAUUCUAUCCAUUUUUAAAUAAAGCAAAAGAGCCACCACAACCUGGAUUUAGCUUUAAAUCAAUGGAUAUAUUAGCUGCAUUAGAACGUUUGAAGAAAGAAUUUAUACAAUUUUAUACAGAUUGUUUUUCGACAUUUACUUUUCACACAAAUAUUACAUUAUAUUCCGUUGUUAAUGAUGAUGGUGAACAGAAAAUUAAAGUCUUUAAUGAUACUAUUGACUCAUCUAAUGUUGACUGCGAAGUAACUCAUAUUAAUGGUCGUCAGGCAAUUAGUGUGAUUCUUGAAUUUGCCCAAGAUUCAGUUUUUUCAUCAAGAGAUAUUGGCGUGAGAUUUAAUACAGCACUUGAUCUUGUUUAUUUAGAAUAUUCUUUUUCUGUACGAACUGAAUUACCAAGAGCACCAAGUAUAAUUUACACACUUAAAUGUGAUAAUCAAGCCAGAAGUUUUAAUGUUACAAGAAAUUGGAUCGCUUUUAGUACUCCCUCACUUUUAAAUAGAUUCCAUAAUUCAAAAACCUAUUUUACUAAUAUAUGCAAUGCUACGAAAGAAAAUAAACCAAUAUCUUACAGUCAUGGACUUGGUGAAAUUAAAAGAUCAUUUAAUAAUAUUCAUAAUAUAAUAGCAAAACAAACUGAAAGCAUAGCUAUUAUAAAACUUAUUGAUGAUUUUAUUGUCUUUGUUAAAGAACAAGACUUUGGUGUUGUUAUAAUCUUGACAGAACAUUAUGCCAAUGUGCAAAACAAAGAUGGUAGCAUUAAUUUCGCGUUGUUAGCUAAUAUAAUUCAAGGAUUUAAAGAUUUAGCAAAUACAGGCAUUGUUCUUGACUUGUCAAAUAAUCUUGGCGGAUAUGUUUUAAUUACCGUGUUUAUCAAUUUGCUUUUAUUCCCUAACUCAUAUCCUACUUUCAAUUAUGAUUUUCGGAUUACUGAACCAAUGAGACUCGCAAUUACCGAACAAUUUAAACUUGCAACUCCAAAUAAUAUUUUUGAUAUGAGUGAUUAUGCUAAUGCAAUAGCUCAUGCUAAUUUCACGAGUGCUAAUGAUAUUUUCGGCAAUAAUAUUUUUAAUCGUGGUGGAAUUAUUGAAAAUUAUUCAAAAAAACUCGCUAUUGCUGAAGUUUAUUUAGAUCUUUUUAGCAAAUUUAUUCAAAACUUAACAACCCCACUUCCUUGGAAACCUGAAGAUUAUAUUAUUUUAACGAAUGGUUUAUGUGGAUCUGCAUGCGCAAUGAUCGCUCAACAUGCUGUUGAAUUUAAUAAUGUGUCUACUGUAUCAGUUGGUGGAAUUGCAAGUAUUCCCUUAUUAUCUUAUUCUUCAUUUCCUGGUGGUUUUGUUACUACCUCAGAUGAAAUAUUAAAUUCCUUAGAUAAAUUAGGAUUGCAAAAUAAUACAAUAAUGCCUAGGCGAUUUCCUUUAACAAGAAUGAACCUUUUUACUGAAACUUAUAGUAAACUAAAUUCUGAUAAAUUAUUAGAUUAUGAAUUUAGACCAGCUGAUUUUAGAUUGUUUUAUAAUGAAAAAAAUAUUAGAAACAUUACUUUAUUAUGGUCUCAGGCCGCUGCUUUAAUUGGAAAAAAAAAUUAA